CAAAGCAGAAUGUGUGUGUGUGUGUGUGUGUGCGCGUUUCCGAUGAGCCUCUGUUCAGUCCACACGGAGGGAGAGUAUGGAGAUUAUGUAGCCACCGUCGUCCUGGGAAUUUGACACCGUUCACCGACGGCUCUGAUCUCGGGAGAGUCGAGCGGUCUUGUUGAAGGCAGCGAGUCACUGGGAGCUCGGAUCCGUUAGAACAUUGGAGUCAUGCACUGAAUGGACCCGGGGUUGGCAUGGCCCAGUAAUGAGCGGGCAUCAGCAGGCUGGCAGCAGCUGCCCUGAGCUCUCGCCCUCGUGCUCGUCCUGCCCACUGCCCGACUGGACGGAGUUCUGCGAGGUCCACGCUCGCGCCAGCGCUGUCGAUUUCGCCGCCAAAUUCCGGCAGUUUGUGCAGGAGAACCCCACGUACGACACGGCGGGUGCAGACGCCAGCUUCGCCCAGCGCUACACACACGCCUUCCUGAGCAGCUUCAACGCAGCGCUGCACGUGCAGCCACCCUCCACACAGCCAGGGGGCGCCAGCUCCACGCCGCAGCUGCCCGCCACACACUUCGUGCCCUUCGCCGGCCUGCAGGUCUGCCCGCUGCCCUUCGGCCAAGAGAGGUUUCCACGGCGACGGGAGGCAUCCUCGGAGUCGCUGGACAGCAUGGACAGCGGAGGAGGGGGCGGGGCUUAUGCUGGAGGAGGCUCCUCCUCCUCGUCCUCAUCAUCGCGGCAACCAGCGCAGCAGAAGGCGAUGGGCGGCCCGCUGGGUCAGUCGCGCAGCUCCGAGGACGUGUCGCUCACACACACACACACACACACACACCCACGGCAGCGCUUUCGCAAGGGCUUCAGCCUGCGCAACAUGAGUCUAUGCGUAGUGGACGGCGUGCGAGACAUUUGGCAUCGCCGGGCGACCGCCGCCGAGCCCGAGGGGGCUGGACAGAGACGGGCCAAUGGGACCGAAGGGGCGGGACCUGGGCCGGCCAAUGAGGUGACAGAGGGGGGGAGAUUGACAGCGUCAGGCUCCUGGAGCCAGCGGCUCCGCCUAAGCCGCAGCUCACACACAAACGCACACACACACGCACACACGCGCACGCCCCGGCCAGAGCAGCUGGAGGUCCAGAGGGAAGGGGCGCUGCGCUUCAUGGUGGCCGACGACUCCUCCAGCCAGGGGGGGGCGCUGUGGCAGAAGUGCCGGCUGCUGCUCCGCAGGACGUCCCAGAUGACCACAGCACGAAGCUGACCCGGAGGGCUGUAUCCUUCUCCUGAGUUCUAGUUCCCAAAGUCCUCUAAGCCCAAGGUUAGCAUCCCACUCUCGGCUAUAGUAGAGGUCAGAACCACCAUGCCUUUGGAGAUGCCCGACAAGGACAACACCUUUGUGCUUAAGGUGGAAAAUGAAGCAGAGUACAUUCUGGAGACCAUUGACUCCUUGCAGAAGAACUCUUGGGUUGCUGAUAUCCAGGACUGCAUAGACCCCGGGGACAGUGGAGAUGAUAUUGAGUUGGCCUCUUGUCCUCAUGGUCAGCCAUCCAAAGAGUUCGCCAUGGUGGCAUCAUGCAGCUGUGAGCUCCUGUCUGAAGGCAUGCACCGGGCUGUUGAGCGCACCUGUGCCACAGCAGCGGAGCACUACAGCACCCCCUCUGGACGAAUCAGGGAACUACCAUUUGCAGCAUCCGUCAUCCCUAGGCGCUACAGACGCCAAACACAGGAGCCCCAGUGUGAGGCGGAGGCUGGGUGA